CCGCUGUGGCGCUGUGCUAAAAGAGGCGGUGUGAUUGUUGAUUCCAUCUUGUUUAUCCGGCGUACUGGUUAAGAAGUUCCCAUCGGCGCAGAGUUAACUAAACACUACACUAACUAUCUUCUUGUGCUACCUAGCUUCUUUCAUGGGUCAGCUGAAGUGAAAUACUCCUAGCAGUAAUCGCUAAGCCCUUGCGCCGUCAUGUUGGGUCCUGUGGCUUGUCACAGAAAUGUGGUGCCGUUGUGAAAUUCUUAUGAACCGCUUGUAACACGGCUUCUGUCUGCUCACUUAGGUUACUAGCUGGUUAGCCAGCAUUAUCAGUAUGAAUAUGAGGCACUUUCAGCAGUCACAAGCGUGACGUAACUCAUGGCAGCUAGAGACGCUCGGACCAUGGAGGACGAGUCCCCCACCUUAUGUCCUCGUCGCAUCCAGAACCAGAAUGUCGUCCACCGACUGGAGAGGCGGAGGAUCUGCUCCGGCCGGCCCGGGGCCCACUGGUACCGCGUGCGCUGCCUCCACCAGAACGUGUUCCCGAACUUCACUGUGGUCAACGUGGAGAAGCCACCCUGCUUCCUGCGCAAGUUCUCCCCUGAUGGACGCUGCUUCAUCGCCUUCUCCUCGGACCAGACCUCCCUGGAGAUCUAUGAGUAUCAGGGCUGCCAGGCGGCCGAGGACCUGCUGCUGGGUCAGGAGGGCGAUACGCUGGCAGGGGGUCAUGACCAGAGGUCCUUGGGCGUGCGGGCGCGCCUCUUCGAGCGCUUCUUCUCACUGUUGCACGUGACCAGCGUGGCGUCCAACGGCGAGCACCUGAACCGCGAGUGCAGCCUGUUCACAGAUGACGGCCGCUAUGUUAUCGUGGGCUCGGCGGCCUACCUGCCCGAGGAUCCGCACCCACAAUUCUUUGAGGUGUAUCGUAACAAUGAGUCGGUGACGCCCAACCCACGCUCGCCACUCGAGGACUAUUCGCUGCACGUGGUGGACCUGCACACGGGCCGACUGUGUGACACACGUGCCUUCAAGUGCGACAAGAUCAUCCUGUCGCACAACCAGGGUCUCUACCUCUACCGCAACAUCCUGGCCGUCCUCUCUGUGCAGCAGCAGACCAUCCAUGUCUUUCAGGUGACCCCAGAAGGCACCUUCCUGGACGUGCGGACAAUCGGACGCUUCUGCUACGAGGACGACCUGCUGACUCUGUCGGCUGUGUACCCAGAGGCGCGUCCGGAGGGCCAGCAAGGCUUUGCGCGUCUCUACAAGGAGAAAGCCAUCAACUCACUGAAGCACCGCCUGCUGGUGUACCUAUGGCGGCGCGCCGAGAGGGAUGGCAGUGCUGCCGCCAAGCGCCGUUUCUUCCAGUUCUUUGACCAGCUGCGCCAGCUGCGCAUGUGGAAGAUGCAGCUGCUAGACGAGAACCACCUGUUUAUCAAGUACACCAGCGAGGACGUGGUGACCCUGCGCGUUACCGACCCCUCCCAGCCCUCAUUCUUUGUAGUGUACAACAUGGUGUCUACUGAGGUGAUGGCUGUGUUUGAAAACACGUCUGAUAGGCUGCUGGAGCUCUUCGAGAACUUCUGCGACCUGUUUCGCAACGCCACACUGCACAGCGAGGCCGUGCAGUUCCCAUGCUCCGCCUCCAGCAACAACUAUGCGCGGCAGGUGCAGAGAAGGUUCAAGGACACCAUUGUGAAUGCCAAGUAUGGUGGGCACACGGAGGCAGUGCGCCGUCUCCUGGGACAGUUGCCCAUCAGUGCCCAGUCCUACAGCAGCAGCCCUUAUCUGGACCUUUCCCUCUUCAGCUACGAUGACAAGUGGGUGUCUGUGAUGGAGCGCCCCAAAACCUGCGGGGAUCAUCCAAUCAGGUUCUAUGCCCGAGAUUCCGGGUUGCUGAAGUUCAAGAUCCAGGCGGGCCUGCUGGGCCGCCCCAUCAACCACACGGUGCGCAGGCUGGUCGCCUUCACCUUCCACCCGUUCGAACCCUUUGCCAUCUCGGUGCAGCGCACCAACGCCGAAUAUGUGGUCAACUUCCACAUGCGGCACGUGUGCGUCUGACCGUGUCGCAUUUCUGAAAUUCUGAUUUUUAUUUUUUUAAAUUCUGUUAUUAAAAAUUCUUUUUUUUUUUAAAGAGAAAGUA